GCUCCCAGCUCUCCCCCCUCUGCGGCCAGCUCGCCUUGACAGCCGACAACACUGGCGCAGCGUCUCCGCACAGACCUUUACCAUAUUUUCCUGACAGAUAGCGACAUUUCAUCUCCGUCCUUUCCCUCCUCCUCCUCCGGGGACAAACGGUCGGAGUGGCCUGGUCUAGAAUGGGGAACCGAGACGACGAAUACGAUUUCUUGUUCAAAGUCGUGUUGAUCGGGGACUCGGGCGUUGGGAAGAGCAACCUCCUCUCUCGGUUCACUCGGAACGAGUUCAACCUGGAGAGCAAAAGCACCAUCGGGGUGGAGUUUGCCACGCGCAGCAUUCAGGUGGACGGCAAGACGAUAAAGGCUCAGAUCUGGGAUACAGCAGGGCAGGAGCGCUACAGAGCCAUCACGUCAGCAUACUACAGAGGGGCAGUGGGGGCGCUGUUAGUGUAUGACAUAGCCAAACACCUGACCUAUGAGAAUGUGGAACGCUGGCUGAAGGAACUGAGAGACCACGCAGACAACAACAUUGUUAUUAUGCUGGUUGGCAACAAAAGCGACCUGCGCCACCUUCGGGCUGUCCCUACAGAUGAAGCCCGGGCCUUUGCAGAGAAAAACAAUCUGUCAUUCAUUGAAACCUCUGCCUUGGACUCGACAAACGUGGAAGAAGCUUUUAAAAACAUCCUCACAGAAAUCUACCGCAUUGUAUCGCAGAAACAGAUUGCUGAGCGAUCUGCCAAUGACGAGUCCCCAGGAAACAACGUGGUGGACAUCAGCGUUCCACCAACCACAGACGGUCAGAGAGGGAGCAAACUACAGUGCUGUCAGAACCUGUAACCCACGGCAACCGUCCCUCCUCACCUGGGCCAAUUAUUAAUUGAAAUCAACCGUGUUGAUAUGCUUCCAUCCACCCCGGGUGCAACGUUUGUCUGAACUUGCACUUCUUGUUAGAUCAGUGGAGUCAGUUACAUCAAGGCACUAAUUGAUCAAUUCCAGAGAGACGUGUUUGAUAUCAAACUGUAAUCUGACCCAGGUACAGCCGGCUAUAUUCUGUUGCAAAAACAGGACUGAUGGUACAGCGUAAGCAGCUGCAAAACUUAGUUAACCGUAGGACAGAGCAGCCGAAGAACCUUGCCUGAGACCUUGUAGGCCUUGACAUAUGUUGGGUAGAUGGUUAUAACCGCAUGCCGGAGGCCGUUUUUUAUUUUUAUUAUUUUUUUAAAUGCUGCCUUUUUCACUCGUACCAGCAUUUCUGUUUUUUCUCUCCUCUCUUUGGUCAUUUCAAAAGUGGUUGUGAAGCUGCUGCUACUGCUGCUUUUUUUAUUUUGUGUAAACUAUUAUGUUGUUUUAACAGCUUGUCUGCUCACAUACAUAUUAGUGCCAUGAAAUUAAAUUUUCCAAUAUUA